UGAGUGUGUUAAAGUGAAGGAGGGCAUUUACUUUCAGUUUUGUGCUGAAAGUAUUUAGUUCAGUGCAGCACUGGAUUACAGACAAAGACCAGAGACCUCAAACAAGCUCACACCAUGGAGGAAACCUUUCCUUUCCAUUUUCCAUUAUCAUCCAGCCUGCUCUCUCUGCUCAGUACACUGCUUUUCCUGUUGGACGUGGCGCUGGACGUGUGGGCCAUCGUGUCGCUGUAUCAGGACGGGGAGUAUGUUUAUAUGGGAGUGUUGAUAGCUCUGCUGCUCUGCUCCUCUAUCUUAGUUCAUGUUUUCAGCUGGAUCUGGUACUCGGAGCCUGAAACCAGCACCGACAAAUUUGCGAGGGAGUACGGUUUAAUAGGACCACUGCACGUCUUUCAGCUGGGACUGUUCCUCAGGUUUGCCAGUUUAAUAGAAAUCUCCAUCCGCAAAAUUAUACAAAGAAGCGACCGCUUCCAGGAAGGAGUAGCUGUGUUUCUGAAGCACGACCUCAGCGUGCUGCGGCUGUUUGAGACAUUUUCUGAAAGCGUCCCACAGCUUGUUCUGAUGAUCACGUUCACCAUGCACGAGCAGGAGCUGCAGCUUUUUACAGCCUUUAAAAUAGCUGGUUCACUAGUGUCCAUCGCCAUCAGUGUGUUGUUUUACCAUCGUGACAUGCGUGACUUUGUUCCUGAAGAUCAGAAGAUGGGAUGGUCCUCCUCUGCAGUUUUCUUCCUGUGGAACCUGUUCCUGAUUACCCCUCGGGUGCUUGCUGUUGCCCUCUUUGCCUCCAUCCUGCCCUGCUACAUCGCUGCUCACUUCCUGUCCUGGUGGGUGCUGCUGUUUCUCUGUGCCUGGAGGCAGAAGACGGACUUCAUGGACACUGAAGGAGGUGAAUGGCUCUAUCGGGCCACUGUAGGACUCAUCUGGUACUUCAGCUGGUUUAACGUAUCAAAGGGAAAGACUAAAGUCAAGAGCAUCAUCUACCAUGUGUGCAUGGGGGCCGACAUUGGGCUGCUUUUGGGCUUAUGGUUUUGGAAAAGAUCUGUGGAAUCGGCUCGUCUGAAUCCUCUGCCAGUUAAUCCCUACAUAUUGAUUGGUGCAUUGCCUGCACUUUACAUCACUGGACUCCUCUUAAAGCUGCUUUACUACUGGAAUUUCCAUCCCAACUGCCCGAGUUUGAGAUUUGGGGACAGAGACGAGACACCACGGCCUAAGUUAUGCAGUAUAGGUGCAGCAGCGAAUGUUUUGGUUGAGACAGAUUCCGCUGACGAAGGACGUAGGACUGGCGUUGACAAGAGGAUGAGAAACAUGGCUGCUAAUUUCUACUACUAAUUUAGACUUUAUAACAUGUACGGCUGGAUUCCUAGACCCAGAUUAGGCCUAAUGCUGUGUCCACACGUGUACGUGUACAACAGCAAACCGGAUAUUCCAUUGUUUUCAGUUGUGCCGCAAGCGGCGAAGGCCUGCAGACUGCAUCGGGGAGCAGAACAAUCCGUGAAAAGUUCUAUUCCAGUGGUGGAAUAAACCGGAUGUUGAUUUUUUGUGAGUGAUGGAUGCCAGACGUAGUGUUGUUGAGCUCCAGAUGACCCCAGUAUUACACACAGCAAACAAAAAGAGUGCAGAGCAUCAUUUCCACCUUAAAUAAACAGUCCACAAGGCUAAAGCUCUCCUCUGAUAAUCAUCUGUUUUUGCCGGUUGUGCUGUCACCAUGGCAACGUGCAUGGCUUCAUACCGCCAACGCAAACAUGUGAACACAGCAAAGACCUACACACUUAAAAAAGAUGGUUCUUCAAGGGUUCUUUAGUAAAGAAAAUGGUUCUAUAUUAAACCAUGA